GCGUCACCAUGGCAGCGGCUGGUUGUGACAUCAGCGCCAUUUUGGUUGUGUGUUGUGAUGGAAGCAGCGAGAAAAUCAGAAUCCGACAGAAAAACCACGAAAAUCAGACCCAAAUCAGACAAAUUCAGAGCAGAGAAAGCAGAUUCAGCGAAGCAGGCUGAAUCACAUCGAGAAUCAAACCGAAUCUGGACGGGAGUCGUUCGGAGUCCUUUAGAUCUGCAAUAACAGGUCUGUGUCGCUGCGAUGGCUUCGCGUCCCUCAUCAUCAUGACAGAUUCCCCCGCGUCGGCUCCGUCUGGACUCUGACCCAUGAUGAUUUAUGGAUUGAUUCCUCAGGAGUUACACGAGCAGCUCCUGGACCAGCAGAACUACCAGAACCGGACCCGCGGGGUGGAGGAGCUGAAGAGCAUCCUGACGGAUCUGGACCUCCAGCAGGUGUCCUCCGGCAGCAUCGUGGAGUUCAUCCAGUUCCUGCGCAAGCUCCUGGACGACAGCAACUUCAAGGUGUUGUACGGCACCUUACAGCUCAUCAACCUGCUGAUCGAGAAGCUGGACGGCGAUGUGGAGCGAUACUACAAGGAGAUCGUGGCGGUGACCGUCAGAGCGCUGGGAGACUCCCGUAACGUCACCCGACGCGAGUACAUGAGCGUCUUCAGGCAGCUGAUGAGGACGGUGGCGCCGCAGCGCGUGCUGGAGCUCGUGGUCGCUCAGCUCCGGCACCGCAACUCCAGGGUUCGAGAGGAUGCCGUCAACAUCAUCACGGCCGCCAUGCUCACGCACCCGCGCAAGGACUUCGACAUCGCCGGCCUGUGUUCGGAGGUGGCCCCGUCCCUCGCCGACAGCAAGAGGAAGGUGCGCCACGCGGCUCUGGAGCUGUUCGCCGUCUUCGACUACUGUCUGGACACCGGGAAGAAGCAGCCGCUCGUGAAGGCCGUGGACCGGGUGGAGCUGACGGGAGACGUGCAGGGCCUCAUGGCCGCCGUUCAGGCGCGGCGAGCGCGGCACAUCCUCCCUCGGCUGGCGGCCGACGGCACGGUGGAGUAUGCGCUCGUCCUGCCCAAACCGGGACAGAGACGUCUGCCUCAGCUGGGCUCCGGCGCUGAUCUGGACUGGGUCAUGAACGGAGGACGGGUUUCCAGCUCGCGUAGCGCCGCAGACGCCGAUCCCGUAGAUGACGCUCCGCAGCACAGGAGGAUCGUGAGCGCCGGAAAAGGGAAGAACAAACUGCCCUGGGAGCGAUCGGUCCUCACGGCUAACGGAAAGUCACCUGAUCAGGUUUGCAGUGAAGAUCCGUCCACAUCCAUGAGACUCCGUCAGGACACCGGUGCCAAAUACAGUCCAUCAGAACCGCUUCAGUCUCCGGGCCGGACGCACAGGUCUCUGGGUCGACUGCGGCGCAGCGGAAGCUUGGAUUCGGAUCCAGACAUUUUCAAAACAGCCAGUGAGCCUGAGAAAGGUUUGAAGACCGGCCGUUUCCUGUCGGGCAGCGUGGAGCGCACCUUCUCCCUCCCCUCCAACUCAACACCUCCGGGCUCCUUCCUGCUGCCCUCGUACCCGCUGACCGCUCUAGCAGGAAGUCUGCUGACCCCGACCGUCCCCCACCGAAACCACGCCGAGCCCUCCCUCUCCAUGUCCAGCACGUGGCCCAACAGACGUGACGUCAGCCCUCACCGCAGGAGCGACAUCGCCGGUGAGGUGAGCUCCAGCAAGCGCUCUCCGCUGCCUCCUCGUGUUGUCCGCCAGAGCCGGACCGGCGGCAGACCCUCGUCAGAGCAGGACAGGAACCUGCUGCUGGAUCUGUCCGUCAGCAGCGCAGGAGGGCCGGAGGACGAGCCGCUGGACCGCGAGGAGAUGCUGAACUCCUUGCGGUCGCUGAGGAACAGCGCGGCCAAGAAGAGGGCCAAAGUCAGCGCGAGCGGCUCCGAACCGGAUCCAGACAGUCCGGACUCGGCGGUGAAGCUGGAGCUGGUUCCUGAUUCUCCGGAGCAGACGUCCCCGUCCGUCACCAGCCCUCUGAGCGAGAGCGGCCUGAGCAGCCUGUACUCGCCCCCGUCACCCAGCGGCACCAAGAGCAGCCCCGUGAACUCCGCUGAGAAACCACGGGUGGCGUCAGGAAGACGUGACCUUGGCGCUCAAGGCGUGACGCAGCAGGAUAAGAGCCUGUCUGACGGGAGUGUCGGUGUGGUCGGUCAGAGACUCGUUUACUCAAACAGAUUGUUAGAUCCGGACGAGGAGAAGCCUGGCGAUAUGACAUCAUCACCACAGAUCAGAGCCGCCGGCCGCGAGCCGCUCCGCGCCCUCAGAGCCGCUAAAGGAUCUCAGCAGCACACGUCGAAGUCCUGCAGUGCGCGCGACAUGUCGGAGGGAGUGAUCGGACGAGGAGUGUUUGGUUCUGUUGUUCUUCCCAGUCGUCCCAGUGUGGCGGCUUCACCAGAUCAGGGCGACUCGUCCAGUAAAGCCACCCGUGAGCCUCCGUCAGGCGUGUACGGCCACGCUUUCACCGGCGGAAACAUCGACUCUGACGACAGUCCUGAACCGGAGGAGCUGCUGGAGAGGGUAAAACUGUCUAAGUUUGCACGUGACAAGAUGCGUCAGCGCCGUCUGGAGCAGCAGGACGAACCACCCGCUCCAGACCCGACGAGACGUGAUGUGAAAGACGUGACCCUGAACGGCUGCGGGUCGCUCUCGGAUGAAUCUCCCUGCAGUCCGACGGGACCACAGAACCCAGUGAAAUGUCUGAGCCCCGCCCACCAGCACCCCCCGACCGGCCCGCCCAAUAGAAACGCAGCGCCGCGACUCAGACGAACGCCUAGUCUGAACCGGACGCGACCGCCUGCGGCACACAGCUCCGAUGAGUUGAUUUCUGGGAGCCCUGGAAAAGACGGACAGGAUCCGGCAGAGCUGCGGCCCUUCUCUAAACCGGAGCUGGCGCUCACUCAGAGCUUCAGGCUGCUCGCCUCGGACGACUGGGAGAAGAAGAUCGAGGGGCUGAACUUCCUGCGCAGUCUGGCUCAGUAUCAUCCCGACGUCCUCGUGAGCAGGAUUCACGACGUGUGCCUCGCUCUCAUUCAGGAGGUUCGUAACCUGCGCUCCGGCGUGUCCCGCGUGGCCGUGGUGGCGCUGGGCGACAUGUUUGUGGCGCUGCAGAAGGGAAUGGAUCAGGAGCUGGACGGGACGACCAGAGCGCUGCUGCACAAAGCCGGGGAAUCCAACGCCUUCAUCAGACAGGACGUGGAGCGGGCGCUGGACAGCAUGGUGCAGCACUGCACACUGACCCGCAGCAUGAGCGCGCUGCUCGCCGGAGGACUCGGUCACCUGAACUCGGUCGUGCGCAAGUGUGCGGCUCAGCAUCUGUGCGCUCUGGUGGAGAGGGCCGGCGCCGCCCGCCUGCUGUCCGGGACCAAAGAUCUCACCGACCGCAUUCUGCCCGCCGCCUCGAAGCUGGCACAGGACUCGUCUCAGGAGGCCAGGUACUUUGGUCGGCGGAUGCUGCUGUUUUUGUCCUCUCAUCGUGACUUUGAUAAGAUGAUGGAGAAGUUCGUCCCGGCUAAAGACCUGCCGGCCAUCAGGGACGCCGUCUUCACUCUCAAAACCAAGGGUUUGGGUGAAAUGCCUCAGGACGCUCCGUCGGCGCGGGGCAGACGCUCUCUCAUGGGCAGCGGACUCGUGCGCACCUCGUCCCUCACACGUGACCCUCUGACGGCCAGCAGCAGAGACUCCGGACAGUCCGUGAACAGAGCGGCCGCACACAGCCUGGCGGACAGAAGCGAGUACGUCAAACAGAUGAAGACGCUGCUGAGCUCCAAAGACUUCAGGGAGAGAAUCAGGGCCAUCGAUCAGCUGGUGUCCGACUGCGAGGAGAACCCGUCUCUGGUCAUCGGCAGCCUGUUCCCGGUGUUUGACGCUCUGAAGGCGCGUCUGCAGGAGUCCAACAGUAAAGUGAACCUGCGCGCGCUGGAGGCGUUACAGACGAUCAUCGCUCUGCUCAACGACAGCCUGGCUCCAGUGCUCAACAUCCUCAUUCCCGCCGUCGUGGACAAUCACCUCAACUCCAAAAACAACGGCAUCUACACGGCGGCGCUGGGGGCCGUUCAAGCUCUGAUCGACAACAUCGACAACAGCCUUCUUCUUCAGCCCUUCUGCUCCAAGGCCCAGUAUCUGAGCGGGAAAGCAAAACUGGAUCUGAUUGAGAAGGUCGCAGAGCUGGUGACGGAGCUGUACCCGCGCAAACCGCAGCUGGUGGAGCAGAAGGUUCUUCCGUUCUUCUGGAAGCUGCUCAGCUCCUCCGGUAACAGCGGCAGCGUCAAGGCGGCCGCCGCUAAACUGGCCGAGGCGCUGCACGCGCACAUGGGCCGGACGCUGGUGGAGAGCGCCGCCUCGCAGCCCACGAACGUUCAGUGCGACCUGAACGAGCUCCUGAGGGCCCAACACACACACUCUACCUGAAUACAGACGUUUCUGCAUUUCCCACAGUGCCUGGACUCUUGUUUUAUAAGAAAGAGAAGCGCUUGACUAAUGCUAUUAGCGGAUUCACACUCAGAUUAGAUCUGACAGGAUCAGGUUUGCCGCUUUGCACUUUCACGGUACCGCGAUCAUGAUUCUUGUGGUCGUGUUGAAAGAUUUUGAAUGUAAAAUGCACAAUUGUUUUGUAACGUGUGCUAUGGAGCAUUUCUAAGAGAUGUGUCGUUAUUAUUAUCAGAGUCUUUUGUACUGUAUAAUAGCACAGUAUUAGCUGUACUGUAUGUCGGUGCAGUGUAUUUUUGACAAUGAAGCAAUGAUGGUUCUGUUCUAAGUGCGACCCGUCUUAGUUUUGUUGCAUGACCAAAUUUAUUAUUGAUGGGGUUCAAAAAAUACAAUGAAAAGAGCAAAAUAUCAGUCAGAACGAUGCCUCCAUCAGCUCUGGAUGUGAAACCGCUGUAUUUUUGUGAAUGUGAAGCUUUGAAUAAUAAUAAUAAUAAUAAUAAUACAGGUGAAUUCAUGUCCAGAUGUAGUUCUCAGUUUAGUGCCAGUCAUUCCAGAACAGCCUUGAUGAGAUUUCACAUUAAAUUAUAUAUGAGAGAGAUUUAUCUAUAUAAUAAAGUGUCUUAUUUCUGUAAA